UGUGAUAGGCCAUGUGCCGCCCCGUCUCGAAGAAUCAGUCGCUCCACACCGCUGUCCUGUCCUCCACACGUUAUAUCAUUCAGAGCGCCAGACGUGCAAAUUGUACCACCUGCUAGCCUUCAAACUCACAAAGAUGUUUCGUUUACCGACAGUCAUGAGGCAGGUGAGGCCAGUGUGCAGGGCUCUGGCCCCUCACCUCACACGAGCCUACGCUAAGGAUGUAAAGUUUGGAGCUGAUGCCCGCGCCCUCAUGCUGCAGGGAGUGGAUCUGUUGGCUGAUGCUGUGGCUGUUACCAUGGGCCCAAAGGGCCGCACAGUCAUUAUCGAGCAGAGCUGGGGCAGCCCAAAGGUCACCAAGGACGGUGUGACGGUGGCCAAGAGCAUCGACCUGAAGGACAAGUACAAGAACAUCGGUGCCAAGCUGGUGCAGGAUGUGGCUAACAACACCAAUGAGGAGGCUGGUGACGGCACUACCACCGCCACCGUCUUGGCACGUGCCAUCGCCAAGGAGGGCUUUGACACCAUCAGCAAAGGCGCCAACCCGGUGGAGAUCCGCCGCGGUGUCAUGUUGGCUGUGGAGACGGUCAUCAGUGAGCUGAAGAAGCUCUCCAAGCCAGUCACAACCCCAGAGGAGAUUGCACAAGUCGCUACCAUCUCAGCCAAUGGAGAUGAAGAGAUUGGCAACAUCAUUUCCAAUGCCAUGAAGAAAGUGGGCCGCAAGGGAGUCAUCACUGUCAAGGACGGGAAGACGUUGCACGAUGAGCUGGAGAUCAUCGAGGGUCUGAAGUUCGAUCGUGGUUACAUCUCUCCCUACUUCAUCAACACAGCCAAAGGUCAGAAGUGUGAGUUCCAAGAUGCCUACCUGCUGCUGAGUGAGAAGAAGAUCUCCAGUGUCCAGAGCAUCGUACCUGCCCUGGAGAUCGCAAACCAGCACCGCAAACCCCUGGUCAUUGUGGCCGAGGAUGUGGAUGGAGAGGCCCUGAGUACCCUGGUUCUCAACAGGCUGAAGGUUGGGCUCCAGGUGGUGGCAGUCAAGGCUCCAGGCUUUGGAGACAACAGGAAAAACCAGCUGACGGACAUGGCCAUUGCCACUGGAGGCACUGUGUUUGGUGAUGAGGCUCUUGGCCUGGCCCUGGAAGACAUCCAACCUCAUGACUUUGGCAAGGUUGGUGAGGUGCAGGUGACCAAGGAUGACACCAUGCUGCUUAAGGGAGGGGGCAGCUCGGCCGCCAUCGAGAAGCGGGCAGCGGAGAUCAUUGAGCAGCUGGAGAACACCACCAGUGACUACGAGAAGGAGAAACUCAAUGAGAGGCUGGCCAAGCUGUCUGACGGAGUCGCUGUUCUCAAGAUUGGAGGAACAAGUGAUGUGGAGGUGAAUGAGAAGAAGGACCGUGUGACAGACGCUCUGAAUGCCACGCGGGCGGCUGUAGAAGAGGGCAUCGUACCCGGCGGAGGCUGUGCCUUGCUACGUUGCAUCCCUGCCCUCGACGCCAUCAAACCUGCCAACCAGGACCAGAAGAUUGGUGUGGAGAUCAUCAGGAAGGCUCUCCGUAUCCCUGCCAUGACCAUCGCUAAAAAUGCAGGUGUGGAGGGCUCAUUAGUAGUGGAGAAGAUCCUGCAGGGAGGAGCUGAGCUGGGCUACGAUGCUCUGCAGGGAGAGUACGUCAACAUGGUGGAGAAAGGCAUCAUUGACCCCACCAAGGUGGUGAGGACAGCACUACUAGAUGCUGCAGGAGUCGCCUCCCUGCUUUCCACUGCUGAGGCUGUAGUAACAGAGAUCCCCAAGGAGGAGAAGGAGAUGCCGGGAGGCAUGGGCGGCAUGGGCGGGAUGGGAGGCAUGGGCGGCAUGGGUGGCAUGGGUUUCUAAGCCAGCCCUCCUGAAGUGCUGUACAGACUAAUAGGCAGAGUGGUGCUGGAGGUGGCCGAGUGGCAAACGAUCCUCCCCAGACUCCGCCACCCCUCCACCAAAACUCGCCCAAAACUGACUGGCCAUGAGUUUGUUGGAGCUGCAAAUGAUUCAUGAAACCCAUUACUUCUCAUGAUUCUGCCUAGUCCCUCUCUCUACUGGUUUCUGGAAGAGCCAGCCUCGCCUGACCCGGCACUUCUCCGUCCCAUUCCUCUCCCGGCCCACCCAUACAUCCAGUCUGCUCAGUUGCUGUGGAUGGGAGCCCAGCGAUCCCUGUGGCUGCACCAGAACCCUGUUCACACCUCUGCCCUGUCCAACAAACUAUCAUCAUGCACACAAUACUCAUGUUGUUCAAAAUGUAAAAUGCUCAACAAAAAGAAUAAUGCAAAUGCUGGUUAUAGCAUCUUGAUAUUCUAUGGGCUAGUACUUAUUAAAAAUGGUCUGUGAUUUAUGGAAAUGAGACUUGACAGAAACUAACAUAGUGUACUUAUUAAAGAUGAUGUUUAUUACUACAAAGAGAGGAGGGGAUCAGUGGAGAAAAGAAACCUAGCCAAGCCAGGAAUGUGUCACUGUCAUUUACUUUUGUUGUAAUGUUUUGUUAAUUCUCAUUGUUUUUUUUAUAUCUGCAUGGUUUUACCCAGUUAAUGUUUUGAGUGGGUUAAAACCUAAACCAUUCACUGAGUUAAUUAAACCAAUUUUCUUGCAGAC